UGUUAUAUGUGUUGGUCCGUUACCGUCCAUAGUCCUGUGCUCGGCUGUGACGACACGCGUGAGACGUCUGACACCUGAACACAUUAUUUCCCUCCCAAGAUGAAGGUGGUUGCUUCUAAAACGGACCCCCCUCUCGGGGCACUUAUAACAUGUUCCAAGGCUGGUGUGAGUGUGGAGUGGGGCAAGGACACAAGUUUAGCUUUGAGCGACACCUUCAGCGUCAAUUCAUCUCAUGGCAUUUCCAGACAUGUGGCUAGAGUCAACCCUUCCCUGGAUUUGUAUCCUAGCCAUAUUCUUCACCGAACUGAGGUGGAUCAUUGGUUGUCCACAGCAUCAGGACCUUUGUCAUGUGGUGGAGACAUCAGUGCCACUCUUGAACAGCUAAAUAGGGCUCUUGCUCCCUCAGAUGAACUAGUGGGAAAUCACAUAACUGUUGCAGACUUUGAAGUGUUUGCAGCUCUUUACAAAAAUGCAGCAUGGCAUAUGCGACUGAACAGUGGAACAGCCCCGGUGAAUGUUCUUCGUUGGUACAACUUCAUUGAGAAACAGGUUGGUGGAGUCAUUGCAGCACUUCCAGGUGAUGUUCAGAAGGUGUUUGAGUGUUCCAAAACAACUCCCGCCUCACCGGACAAGUCAGCAAGUGGUAGUAAGAAGAAAGAAGAAGGAGGAAAGUUUGUUGAGCUUCCUGGAGCCAAGUUAGGGGAGGUGGUUGUUCGUUUCCCCCCGGAGGCCAGUGGAUAUUUGCACAUAGGUCAUGCUAAGGCAGCUCUCCUCAACCAGUACUAUCAGCUUGCAUUUAAGGGGAAGUUGAUAAUGAGGUUUGAUGAUACCAACCCUGAGAAAGAGAAGCUGGAUUAUGAGAAAGUUAUCCUGGAGGAUUUGAAACUACUGGAGAUAAAACCAAACAUUUUCACCCAUACUUCAGAUCACUUUGAUCGUAUGAUUACCAUGUGUGAGCAGCUCAUCAGGCAGGGUUUAGCAUACUGUGAUGAUACUGAUGGGGAGACUAUGAAGAAAGAACGGGAAGAGAGGAAAGAAAGCAAGAAUUACAACAACUCUGCAGAAAAGAAUUUAUCUAUGUGGGAAGAGAUGAAGAGAGGGACAGAUUAUGGUCUCACUUGUUGUGUGCGGGCUAGGAUUAACAUGAAGAGCGACAAUGGUUGCAUGCGUGACCCCACAAUCUAUAGAUGCAAGAAUGAACCCCAUGUCAGGACAGGCUUGAAGUACAAAGUAUACCCAACCUAUGACUUUGCCUGCCCCAUCGUAGAUAGUAUAGAAGGGGUCACCCACGCUCUGAGAACAACUGAAUAUCAUGACCGUGAUGAGCAAUACUACUGGUUCAUAGAGAAGCUUGGACUAAGAACUCUUCACAUCUAUGAAUACUCACGCCUGAAUAUGAACAACACUGUGUUGUCCAAGCGAAAACUUACAUGGUUUGUCGAUGAAGGACUUGUGGAUGGUUGGGAUGAUCCAAGAUUUCCAACCGUCAGGGGAAUUCUGAGACGUGGUAUGUCUGUGGAAGGAUUAAAGGACUUCAUUGUUGCACAAGGUUCAUCUCGUUCUGUAGUGAACAUGGAGUGGGACAAAAUUUGGGCCUUCAACAAAAAAGUAAUUGAUCGUUAUGCCCCACGCUAUACAGCUCUGCAAGGUGAAUUAGUGCCUGUUCACAUCACUGAUGUCAACGAGGAGUCCACUUCUGCUCAGAAACAUCCAAAGGAUCUCUCUAUUGGCAUGAAAACUGUGUGGACUGGCCCUCAAGUCUUGGUUGAGGCUGCAGAUGCUGCUGAGUUGAAAGAAGGACAGAAUGCAACUUUCAUCAAUUGGGGAAAUAUUAUGAUUAAGAAAAUAACAAAGACAAAUGGAAAAAUUGUGUCAAUUGAUGCUGAACCUAACCUUCAGAACACUGAUUACAAGAAAACCCUUAAACUUACUUGGCUUGCUGAUACUGAGAAAGCUGCCACCACGCCUGUUGUGUGUGUUUACUUUGAUCACCUUGUUACUAAAAGUGUGCUUGGAAAAGAUGAAAACUUUAAGGACUUCAUAGGACACAAUACCCGUGCUGAAGUGAAAAUGGUAGGCGAGACUGAACUUCAGAAGCUGGUGCCAGGAGAUAUUAUACAGCUGCAGAGGAAGGGCUUCUUCCGUGUGGAUGAGGCUUACAAACCAGUGAGCUUGAGCAGCUGCCAGGAAAGUCCAGUUAUACUCUUCUCUAUCCCAGAUGGACACUCCAAGGAUAUGCCAACUGCUUCAUCCAUAAAGAAGUUGGCAGGCAUGAGUGAGAAAGAGAAAGUCAAAAGUGCUCAAGGAAAAAAGGCAGAAAAGAGUCCACAGGAUGAAGUGAAGCCUCCUGUUGGGGGAUCUAGUGCAGACACAGGUCAGAGUUUAUUAAUUGCCAUCAAAGAUCGGGGUGAUAAGAUAAGGCAGUUAAAGAGUACUAAGGCAGAUAAGAAUGUAGUUAUGGCUGAAGUGGAGAUUUUGAAACAAUUGAAGAAGGAUUUCCAAGAUGCAACAGGAAUUGAGUGGAAGCCAGAUGUUGUCAUACCUUCCAGUGCUCCAGUUUUGGCAGCUACUGCAUCUGUUGCUGGUAAGAACGCUGUGGAAAUACACUCCCAGAUUAAAUCACAGGGUGACAUAGUUCGAAACCUGAAGGCCAGUAAGGCUGACAAAGAUGCCAUUAAACAAGCAGUUGAUUUGCUUUUAGAGCUUAAAAAUGAGUUCAAAACUGCCACUAAUGUUGAUUGGAAACCAGAUAUUGAAAUAUCAAAGUUUGAUAGUGUUGCCCCUGCUCCUGCUGCCUCCACUGGUGGGAGUGGAAGUGCACCUCUUGAUCUGCACAACAAAAUUAAAGACCAAGGUGACAAGGUAAGGUCUUUAAAGGCCAGUAAAGCAGACAAGGAUGUUGUGAAGCAAGAAGUUGAUGUACUUCUGUCACUGAAAAAAGAAUUUAAGGAAGUUACUAAUUCUGAAUGGAAACCUGAAAUUGAUAUAUCCCAGUUCAGCUCAUCAUCUAAUGCAUCUGGUUCUAGUGGAGCAAGUUCAGCUAAAGCUAUUGAUUUGCAUAGCCAGAUAAAGAAACAAGGGGAUUCUGUAAGAACACUGAAAGCAAACAAGGCUGAUAAAGAUACCAUUAAACAGAUGGUUGACCAACUCCUGUCUCUAAAGAAACAGUUUAAAGAAUGUACAAGUACUGAAUGGAAGCCUGAUAUUGAUGCGUCUCAGUUUUCAGAAGAUGUGGUUGCACCUUCAAGGGGUAUGAUGACUGCUCCUGCUGAAGUAAAUGCUGCAGCUAAAGCUAAAAGUACAGAGACUAGGAAACCAAAGGAAACAUCACUCACGAAGAGUACAAUACAGGUACCUACCAAAUCUGAUGAUGGAGGAAUGAAGAAGCAGACAAGAUUGGGACUAGAAGUCAGAAAGGAACAGAAUCUUGCUGAAUGGUAUUCACAAGUCAUAACAAAGUCAGAAAUGAUUGAGUACUACAACGUGUCGGGCUGCUACAUCCUUAGGCCAUGGUCUUAUGCCAUUUGGGACUAUAUAAAGGAUUUCCUGGAUAAAAAGAUUAAGACCUUGGGUGUUGAAAAUUCUUACUUCCCAAUCUUUGUAGCACGAGAAGCCUUGGAGAAGGAAAAGACUCACAUUGCAGACUUCUCACCAGAGGUUGCCUGGGUAACCAGAUCAGGAUCAAGUGAGAUGGCUGAGCCUGUUGCUAUUCGUCCUACAUCAGAGACUGUUAUGUACCCUGCAAUUGCUAAGUGGGUUCAAUCCCACCGAGAUUUACCAAUGAAACUUAAUCAAUGGAAUAAUGUUGUUAGGUGGGAGUUCAAACAACCCACUCCAUUUUUAAGGACACGUGAAUUUUUGUGGCAAGAAGGUCACUCUGCUUUUGCUUCCAAGGCAGAAGCUGAAGAGGAAGUUUAUCAAAUCCUAGAGUUCUAUGCUCAGGUCUAUGAGGAGCUCUUGGCUGUGCCAGUUGUUAAAGGUAAGAAGACUGAAAAGGAAAAGUUUGCAGGGGCUGAUUUUACCACAACAACUGAGGCUUUUAUAUCAGCCAGUGGUCGUGGCAUUCAGGGAGCUACAUCCCAUCACUUGGGGCAGAACUUUUCAAAAAUGUUUGAAAUUGUCUUUGAAGAACCUGAGACCCAGCAAAAGCAGUAUUGCUUCCAAAAUAGUUGGGGAUUAACUACGCGUACUAUUGGAGUAAUGGUGAUGGUUCAUGGUGACAACAAAGGGCUUGUGUUGCCUCCUAGAGUGGCUUCUGUGCAGGCAGUUAUUAUGCCUGUUGGAAUUUCUGCAAAAUCAUCAGAGCAGGAAAAGCAGAAUCUUACUGAUGCAUGCAAUAAGUUAGCAGCCGAUUUGAAUGCUGCUGGAGUGCGAACACGGUGUGAUCUACGAGACAAUGUUACUCCAGCCUGGAAAUUCAAUCAUUGGGAGUUGAAGGGUGUUCCCCUAAGGUUAGAGCUUGGACCACGUGAGGUGACUGCUGGCCAGGUAUUUGUUGUACGGCGUGACAAUGGAGAGAAACAAGCUCUAAAUCGGGCCACUGUAGGAGUGCAAGUUCUGGCCAUGUUGGAUGCUAUUCAUGACAACCUAAUAACACGAGCACGAGCUGACCUGAAUUCACACAAAGUAAAAGUUAACAGUUGGAAGGACUUCACAGGAAACUUGGACAAAGGUAAUAUCCUCUUGGCUCCAUUCUGUGGCCAAGAAGAAUGUGAGGAUGCCAUCAAGAAGGACUCUGCACGUGAUGAAGCUGCUGAGCCAGGGGCUCCCUCUAUGGGGGCAAAGGGCUUAUGUAUACCUUUUGAGCAGCCUGGGGAAGUCAACGGUUUAACAUGUAUCCACCCAUCAUGCAAGGCCAAACCACUGUACUACACUCUCUUUGGUCGGUCUUACUAAACUGUAAGGUGGCAGUGCAGUUCAUAUUCAUUUUGCUAACAAGUUUAGUUUAUUUUAUUUAGGAAAUGAUAAUGUGUAUCAUUGAGUACAUUUCAUAUAUUUUUUUUUGUAAAAAUACUCAAUAAACAUUUAUAUUGUAUUAUGACCCAAUAAAUCAUAUGAUGCAA